AACUGCCAUAGUCUCCUUCCUACUAGUGAAAAGGUUAGGCUGUAGACCUAUGGUUACCUGUUGCUUAAGGUUGUAGCAUUUAGGUAUUAAUGCGCGUAAGACAUUGGGAUGUGUUUAUAUGUAGGCUAUACGAAGGCACGACUUUAUUACAUACAUAAUUUUUUAAAUACCAAGGCGCGAGGCAGUGCAGGCCUAAAGCAGCGCACAGAGCACCAGACCAAGGAGGAGAGAUGAUGGCUUUUUAGUUAAUCAUUGAUAAACUUGAAUCAGCCCCCUGUUCUCUGCAAAUAUGAUAAAUGAAUCCGUAGGCAAUCACAAAUGUGACGUCGUUCUUAAACCAGACCACUGGUUUGGAAGGUAACUAAAUUGGAGGGCCCGAGGAGAUACCAGAGAACUGCACUUUAAGCUGAAUAAAAACGUUUUUGUUUUGCCGAAAACACUUGUUAAACCGAAAGAAAAUGGCGCGGGAAAUUGUUACACUUUGCAGAAUCUACAGUUUCCUUUUCUAAUUACAAGAGGAUGAAAUUGGUAGGGACUUUGAUUUAUUUUGUGGAUUUUAUUUGUGAGUAUAGGAUAUUGUCUCAUGAAGACAAUUUGAUACAUUUUCUCAUAAAUGUAUUUAAAUGUUCGAUUUUGAUUAUUUAGCAUUGUUUUGUUUUACUGUUUACCUCUUGAUAUUGUACAUUGAACAUGCCUAUGAAACGGAAUACAAGCCCGAUUAGGGAUGUCCCAUUUCAUCAAGUACCUCCACCCUCAGCCAAGAAAUUUUGCGAUAACUCAGAGGAAUUAAUUCUCGACGAGUUAACUGAUGAGAAAUUACGUUGUGAUCUCCAAGAACAUUCACUCUCAAAAUUGGACGAAGAAGAUGAUUCGGGAAUAAAAUCAGAAGCAGAGGAUAGCAAUGAGACCCCAUCUUCUGAAGAAGACCAGGACCUCAUAGAGUAUUCCAAAGAUCUGGCUUUCAAACAGACAACCCAGAGAAAAAGCAUCACACAGAUAAUCAAGGACAAGAAGAAACAGACUCAGCUGACCCUUCAAUGGCUAGAGGAAAACUACAUUGUUUGUGAAGGGGUCUGUUUGCCACGCUGCAUCCUGUAUGCUCACUACUUAGACUUCUGCAGAAAGGAAAAACUGGAUCCAGCCUGUGCUGCUACAUUUGGCAAGACAAUUCGGCAGAAAUUCCCACUUCUUACAACAAGAAGACUUGGGACCAGAGGCCAUUCAAAAUAUCAUUAUUAUGGCAUUGGCAUCAGAGAGAGCAGUGCCUAUUACCACUCUGUGUACUCAGGAAAAGGCUUAACCAGAUUUUCAGGAAGUAAAUUGAAAAAUGAGGGAGGGUUCACUCGGAAAUACUCCCUCAGUUCUAAAACAGGAACUUUACUUCCAGAAUUCCCAAGCGCACAGCAUCUAGUGAUCCAAGGUUCUGUUUCUAAAGAGAAGGUGGAUACACUUAUCAUGAUGUACAAAACACAUUGUCAAUGCAUCCUGGACAAUGCCAUCAAUGUCAACUUUGAAGAGAUACAGAAUUUUCUGCUUCAUUUUUGGCAAGGAAUGCCGGACCACCUCUUAUCACUGCUAGAGAUUCCAAUUAUUGUGGACAUCUUCUGUGUGUGUGACUCCAUACUAUAUAAGGUUUUGACAGAUGUCCUGAUCCCUGCUACGAUGCAGGAGAUGCCUGAAAGUCUCCUAGCAGACAUCCGUAACUUUGCUAAGCAUUGGGAACACUGGGUGGGAUCAUCUUUGGAAAAUCUCCCAGAAUGCCUUUUAGCGAAGAAGCUCCCAAUCGCACGAAGAUUUGUGUCCUCUCUGAAGCGUCAGACUUCAUUCUUACACCUUGCCCAGAUUGCAAGACCAGCUCUCUUUGACCAGAAUGUGGUGAAUUCUAUGGUGGGGGAUAUAGAUAAAGUAGAUUUAAACAGCAUAGGGUCACAAGCCCUACUCACUAUCUCAAAUGGUGACCAAGACUCUGACCUCUACUCUGAAUAUGACUCAGUAACAUUGUUCCAAGAGUUGAAAGACCUUCUGAAGAAAAAUGCAACUGUGGAAUCCUUUAUUGAGUGGCUGGACACUGUGGUGGAGCAGAAAGUCAUUAAGCCCGGAAAGCAGAAUGGACGUUCUAUAAAGAAGCGAGCCCAAGACUUCCUGCUUAAGUGGAGUUUUUUUGGAGCACGUGUUAUGCACAACCUCACAUUGAACAACGCCACCAGUUUUGGUUCAUUCCACCUAAUCCGCAUGCUGCUGGAUGAGUAUAUCCUACUGGCUAUUGAGACACAAUUCAACAACGAUAAAGAGCAAGACCUUCAGAAUCUGUUAGAUAAAUACAUGAGAAAUGCAGACGCAAGCAAGGCAGCAUUCACUGCCUCCCCCAGCUCUUGUUUCCUGGCCAACCGUAACAGGACCAGCGUAGUGUCCGGCGAUCAGCCUGUGAAGAACGAGUCCCUGUCAGAACACGCAUACAUGACCCUGUCAGCCACUCAACAGGCUAUGGAAGCAAACAUGGACAUCUAUCAGGGCUCUGAAACAGAUGGAUUCUCUCUGUCAGGACAAAUGGACUGUUGUCAGAACAGUGGGCCCCUGAUGACCCCACCCAUCUCCCCAGCCAUGGUGAACAGGGGUAGUGUCAUCAACCAGGGCCCCAUGGCUGUCAGAACCCAGAAUGUCUGCACGGCCAUCCAGCCCCACAUCUCCUGCCAAGCCUUCCCAGACAACAUGUACCAGAACUUACCUCCCAGCAGCCCCAACUACUACCCCACCACCUCCACGUACCAGGCUGUGUUCAGGCCCCAGACACACACCCAGGCCCCGGCAUACCACAGCCGCUCUGACAGCAGCCGCUACUCCUCCUUUAAUGAGCAACACCUGCCCAAAGACUACUUCAACACCAGUUGUUCGGUGGCCCCCUACAGCUCCAGACUCGCCUCCAGUUACUGUGCAGACCCUGAUCCUGGGCUGGAGACUCAGGGGGUUCAGCUACUGGACUCUGGAGGGUACAACUUUGUCGGGAGUGGGUUAAACAGUAGUGGCUGUCAGGUCUCCGCCUACUCAACAGCGGGACACAGCGGGUACUAUGGCAACAGUGGUUACCUGGAUAGCCAGAGGCUGAGUUCCAUGAUAGACCAGCAUGUGUCAGUAAUCAGCAGUGUUAGCAGCAUCCGCUCGGCCACAACGUACGCUGAAGUACACGACCCCCUCAACAUCCUGGAGGACGCGGGCCGGAAGGUGACCGGGCCAUUCUACCCCGAGUCAGACCCGCUGGGUGCCCACGCAGCUGGAGGGCCUCCCCUCUCCUCCAUCAACACACCCUGCAUGUAUGGAGGUCCCUCCCACUUCCACUCCCAGGAAGCAUUGCUUCCUCACCAGGCACCAUCUGAGGUACGCAGCAUGGUGUCCUCACUGCCCCCCAUCAACACUGUGUUCAUGGGCUCUAGUGGAGGAGGGCCGUGAAUUGGGACUCCCUACAACCUCCAGCGACGUCAGUAAUAACCCAGGUCACAGACCAAAAAGGGCUUAGUUCUCUACUAUGUAGCCUGUAUAUCUUGUGUCCAAUUAUGAAGACCUCAGCUGUUCAGGCCAAUAUUUUGAUGAGUUAAAUUUUUUGUUUGCAGUUUAUCAAUUUUAAUAUAUUCUAAUCUGUUAAUUUUAAAUGUUGUCGGAGGAGACUUAGCAGUACCUUGUUAACAUGUAAAUACAGAAUAAUCUAUGAAAUGACAUUUGAAAUUGGUCAGAUAUACAGUCUCAAGACAGGUUGGAUUUAGAAAAUGCCAUCUAAUUUAUUUUAUUUGCUUUUAUUGCCCAUUACAGUUUAAUAUUUAUUUUGGAAAUGUAUAUACUCACCAUAUAUGAGUUAGGGUAGAAAUGUUUCAAAGUAAAGCAUAAGAAAAAUAAAUGUUGUAUCUUUUUUUUUGA